AUGUGACGAUAGACUGAACAAAUAAUGAUAUUUGCUUGCCUUCAAAAUGUUUCCCGGAGUGAUCUAUGCAUUGCUGGCCGGCUUCUUGGGAGCCGUGGCAUCGUCCUCGGCCAAGCUGUCCCUUGGAGCGGACUACCUGAAGGGGGUUUGUGAGACCGGGCUCCGGACCUGGGGAGAGCAGCGGCGCUUCAGACAGCCUGAUGAGACCACCGCCUGUGACUGGCUCCACAUCCCUCUGCGGCUGCUGUGCGGGGGGCUGCUGUUCACGUGUAACGCUGUGAUGUGGACCUUCCUGGCCAAAGCCCUGCGCUCGUCCUCCUCCUGCACCCAGACCACUGUGACCACCACCGCCUCCAACUUCAUCUCCUCCGCCUUCCUGGGCCAGCUGAUCUUCGGCGAGGCCCAGAUCACACUGUGGUGGGUGGGCAUCUCCCUGACCUUCUCGGGCCUCCUGGUGCUGCAGCGAGCCGCUCCCCAGCAGGACCGCCGGCCCGCCGCGGCCCACAAGGAGGAGUAGUCUGCCGAGAUGGGCUUUAUUUAUACGCUGGAUCUGGGUGGCACACAUUGCCCUGUUCAACAUCCGCCAGGCGCCAGAGACACGCGGCGUGGGUUGGUCUCUUGCGUUGCUGCUGCCCUGUGUGUCAGCCCCACGUCUCAGCGGGGCGGGAGAUGGUCGUCUGGCUAGCGCCGUCACUCAUUGCUUGAUUGCGCUCCACCUUUAACUCCAUGCAUUGUUUGAGUAUAACCUACUUGCUUUUACACCAAUUGCCUUUCAGUUAUCCUAUUUGAGUGUGAGAACCUCUUCUGCCGAUCAACCUGAAAGAUUAACAGCUCUUAAUCAACGAUUAGUUCACUAGCAAGCUGUGAAAAUGAUGCUGUGACCAAACAUUAAUGGAAUGAAAUCAUGAUAUUAGGAUAUUUUGAUGUUUUCAAUAACAGAAUGGUUGACCUCAUACCAGGUGAGCUAUAGGAUAGUUCACCUGAUACAAGGUGAGCUAUCGGAUGGUUCAGCUCAUACGAGGACAUAGAGAAGGAGAGCUAGAGAAAGUAACAGUUCCUGCAGUCCUACAGGUUGGACAUUUAAGUAAUAUGAGCAGUAUCUGAUUUCUGAAGCCUCGCUGACCAUCCUACUGAAGUGGAAACAUUAUUCUGUGAGUAUGUGUUCCUAAGCACCCGCAAGCUGCACGUUCACAGCUAUCACAACAGAAAGAGAAAGUCUUCCCAUCCCUCAUCAUGUAGGAGGUGAACUCGACUUGGGACAAUGUGAAAUCAGCAAGGUGUCAAGUCUGCUGCGUGCUUCAGCCGCGAGGCAUAAUCUCCUGACACCAGCUGGGGUCCUAGCUGAUGCUUUAACCUGUGGUCGUUAACACUGUUCUCAUACACUAUUGUACUGUUACAAUUCAGUUUAAUCGUCUCCAUUUUGUUCCAUAGUCUAAAUUCAGUUGUAUAGUCUGAAGUCAUUGGCAUGAGGAAAUAUCACACAACUAAAGUUGAAGAAUGAAAGAAAUUGUAGCUUGAAUAAUAUAUAGAAGGAUUUAAUCCUCUAUGUCAUAUGAUGAAUGUCAGGGACCAUUGAUCUGUCGUUUCCCUUUUAUUGUAAUAACACAUAUUUCCAUUUCUCCCAGGCGUAAAAAUCAUAAAGUUCACUCCCAUCAACCAAGGUUCACGUGAACACUGGCUUCACCAAAUUCCUCCUUCCGUACUUUUAAAACAUACUUCUCUUUUACUUUAGUUCCAUUUUGUGUGCAACAUCUUAUAGCAGUGUGUUAUUCGUAUUGCUGAAGGCACGUUCAAUUGAACAACCAAUGGGAGAGCAGAGACUAAGAUUUGCUAAUAAUAUUCCCAUAGAAGGAAGUUUCUCUGUGGGCUAUACCAAAUGCAGAACGAUGUACCGUUAUUUGACAGGAGUCCCCUACUGCUGCUAGCAGCAUCACCAGUAUGCACAAGGUUUAGGACUAAUAACAGAGGUGUUGGAACAUGAAAGUCUCAUUUUGAUACAUAUCAACUUCACAAUAUGCAUGCAACCAGCUUAGAAAUCUUUAGCUUGUAUGAAACUCUCUACUAGCUAUAAUAACACAGAGCAAAAAAGCACAACAUGAAAUCAGAUGUCUUUCCAGCCGCACUCAUACCAGGAGCUGCAUAUUUGUAUCCACGUGAUGUAAUGUGAAUCCCGGACAAUGUGAUUCUCUGCGACAAUUUGAUGUUUUAUUUCUCUGCUGUUUAAAGAGCAACCAAGCCUUGAGGACAACAUGGUAUGUGAUCACCACUCAACAUACAAAGCAGUGCCAGGGGAUACCAUUUGUUGCACCAAUUUGAUUAAAUGCAAUAAGUUGUGUUGGCCAGAGCUGGCUCUGUGGCUGUGUUCGCCUCGGUGUUCACUUACUCUUUAAUGUCCGUCAUGCCAUCCGGUAUUAGAUGUGACCUUCAAUGAUACAUUUCCUUUAGGGAACUCGUCAGAUUUUUAAUUUAAAGUCCUUCCACUGCAUUGACGCUUAUAUCUCUAAACUUCUUAAAAUACCUUUCUUGCAACACUUCUUGACCUUAGCUUUUCAUUUUGACGAUGUUUGAUGCCUGCUCUUUUUGAUUAUGGCUAAAGGGAAAUACAUCUAACUGUGGACCUAUAUUACUAUAGUAAUAAUAAAAGCAUAAUGGUAGCAUUAUUUAUAGAAUAGCACAAAGUCCUUGGAUAACAUGUCUUUCUAUCUAUGUGCAAGUAACUGAACAAUGAUGCAAUAAUGACAGCAAUUAUCAUAUUACAAUACAAGCACCAGUAUAUCAACUAUUGGCUAGAUUUGAUAUGUUCUGGCAGACAUGAAAAUAUAUCAGUAAUUUAUUAAGCAAUACAUUUUUCCCAAAAUUGGAUCUCAGACUUGACCUUGGAUAGAGAGUGUUAUCCACUGGGCUGAUAUAAUAGACUCGGUAGGUUUGAUUUAGACCAUAGUCGAUCAACAUAGUUGAAACUAGCAUUUGUAAAAAUGUAUAUAUUUUCUAUUUAUAGAAAAUAUUGAUUAAAAUGUCACCCAAGGUAAAAAAGACAAUGCGAGGUAAUUGUUGAAUAAAAAGCUCAU